AUGCUUGCAGUUCCUGAUUUUCUAAUUGGCGGUAUGGAGAACUGGGGCCUUAUUAUAUACAAAGAAAGUAUGAUGCUUACUGAUGAAUCUUCGUCUUCGUUUGGCGAGAAGCGGUUAGUUACUACUAUUGUAUGCCAUGAAAUAGCUCAUCAGUGGUUUGGUAAUUUGGUCACACUUCAAUGGUGGGACGACUUGUGGCUCAAUGAAGGUUUCGCCACCUAUAUGGAGAUUGUUGGACUUAACUUCGUCAACCCGAAAUGGAAUAUGGAUAUUGAAUUCACUCGAUCAGUCGACAACGCUAUGAGAAGUGAUGACACAAUCAGUUCACAUCCGAUUUAUGUACCGGUUGCUCAUCCAGGCGAAAUUAUGAAGAUCUUUGAUAUAAUAUCAUAUCUAAAGUGUUCUCCAUGCGAUAUUGUCGAACUAGAGUUUAUAUUUUAUCAGCUGAACCAGACGCUCUAA